CCAGGUGGUAAGAAUGCAAAAAUCACUCAAGUACUUAAUCACAGAGUUAGAUGUACUCUUCAAGAUGGUCGCCAGCUCGUAGGCACAUUCAAAGCAUUUGAUAGGCACAUGAAUCUAGUGUUUUGCGAUUGCGAUGAAUUCAGAGUCGUGAGAAACAGAACGACUAAGGAAGAAAAAUUAGAGAAGCGCUCUCUUGGACUUCUUCUACUUCGCGGGGAGCAUGUCGUUAGUAUGAACGUCGACGGUCCCCCACCCCCUGAAGACAACCCAAGAGUCCCUCACCCUGGUUCAGCCGCUUGGGGUUCUGGCGCAAGUAUGUCUGGUGGUCUUGGGGCGGGUCGGGCUGUAGGUCGUGGAAUGAUCCCUACUGCUGGGCCACCAGUUCCAGGAAUGAUGCCUCCAGCAGGUCUCGCAGCACCUGCCUAUGGUGUUGGUGCUCCCGCUCCGGGGCUUAUGCAGCCCCGUGCUCCAUUGCCUGGAAUGCCUGGGAUGCCCCCUCCACCCGGGUAUGGGCGUGGUGCGCCUCCCUCCGCCGCAAUGUAUCCGCCACCCCCACCGGGAUACCGGUAG